AUGGCGGGUGGAGCUUAUGUUGCUUCUGGAGAUGGAAGGCAGUACGAGGGGAAGGUGACGGCAUUCGUUUUGGUGACAUGUUUUGUUGCGGCCAUGGGAGGUCUUCUGUUUGGUUAUGAUCUUGGCAUUACAGGAGGAGUUACUUCCAUGGAACCAUUCUUAAUAAAGUUCUUUCCAUCUGUUUAUAAACAAAUGAUGAAAGAUGAAGCACAGAACGAGAGUCAGUAUUGCAAAUUUGACAACCAACUCCUUACAUUGUUCACCUCUUCCUUAUACCUUGCUGCUUUGGUUGCUUCUUUCUUUGCAUCCACAACCACAAGAUUGAUUGGCCGCAAGCCUUCCAUGUUCAUUGGUGGCUUGUUUUUUCUUGUUGGUGCACUUUUGAAUGGAUUCGCUGUCAACAUUGAAAUGCUCAUCAUUGGUCGUUUGUUGCUCGGCUUCGGUGUCGGAUACUGUAAUCAAUCUGUACCAGUGUAUUUAUCUGAAAUGGCUCCAGCAAAGAUUAGAGGAGCACUUAACAUGGGAUUUCAAAUGAUGAUCACAAUCGGCAUUCUAGUUGCAAAUCUCAUCAACUAUGCGACUGCUAAGCAUGAAAAUGGAUGGAGAAUUUCUUUGGGUGUUGGAGCUGUUCCAGCAAUCAUGUUGUGUGUAGGAUCUAUUUUCUUAGGUGACACACCAAAUUCAAUGAUUGAAAGAGGCCAACAAGAAAACGCUAAGGCAAUGUUGAGAAAGAUACGUGGCACUGAUAACAUUGAUGAGGAGUACCAAGAUCUCAUUGAUGCUAGUGAGGCAGCAAAGAGGGUUGAACACCCAUGGAAGAACAUUGCAGAGAGAAAAUAUAGGCCUCAACUCACAUUUUGCUCUUUCAUUCCCUUUUUCCAGCAACUCACUGGCAUCAAUGUCAUUAUGUUUUACGCACCUGUCCUUUUCAAGACUCUUGGCUUUGGUAAUGAUGCUUCCCUUAUGUCUGCGGUUAUCACCGGUGGUGUUAACGUGCUUGCCACAUUCGUUUCCAUCUUUACUGUGGACAAGUUUGGAAGAAGGAUUUUGUUCCUUGAAGGUGGUUUUCAAAUGCUUAUUUGUCAGAUUGCGGUGGGAGUGAUGAUUGCUUCAAAGUAUGGUGUGAGUGGUAAAGGGUCCUUCAGCAAAGGAGAAGCAGACCUUCUAUUGUUUUUCAUUUGUGCAUAUGUAGCUGCAUUUGCAUGGUCAUGGGGUCCGUUGGGUUGGUUGGUGCCAAGUGAAAUAUGUUCUCUUGAGGCUAGAUCUGCAGGGCAAGCUACUAAUGUUGCAGUGAACAUGUUAUUCACCUUUGUCAUUGCUCAAGUCUUUCUCACAAUGCUUUGCCACUUGAAGUUUGGCCUCUUCUUCUUCUUUGCAUGCUUUGUUGUUAUCAUGACACUCUUCAUUUUCUUGCUCUUGCCUGAGACAAAGAACGUACCAAUUGAAGAAAUGAAUAGGGUGUGGAAAUCACACUGGUUCUGGGGCAAAUUCAUUCCCGAAGAUGCUGUCACUGGUGGUGUUAAUCCCCAGGCCACUGCUUGA